UUCUGUCACUUUGUUGAUGCGAAAAUCGAUUAAAUAGAAAUCUGGAUUCCAGUUAGAUUAUCAGCAUCUUUGCGGGCUGAUAUUUUAUUGAGUGAUGUUAAGUGAUGCACUGUUCAAGCGCACUACACUCGCAGAUCAUUACAUUAUUAACUGUGCCACAUGAGAUCAUUUUGCUGCAGCACACAGUUUUCCGCGAGUACGCGAAAAUAGCUGUGGGUCCUGAUUUUAUCCACACUUUUCCCUCUUUCAUCAUCCUAAUUGCUCUGACAAUCCUAUUUUGGAAAAAUCCACCAACUUUUAAGUGGGUUCAUGAAGAUCAUAUCCAGAUGCCUGCGUAUAAAGUGCUUCAGAUGCUAUUGUGUUGGGUGUGCGUCAAUGCAAUUCUUUGGUUAUGGCUUGUUUUUCAACGCGUACUUUAUUGCAUCGUAUGGGCAAAUUGGAGCUACGAAACUGAAUAUCGAGAGUUUAUAUACCCAUGGUGGCAGCGAGUUUGGUCGUCCUAUUACCCUCAGACAUUACAUCCACCGCUAUUUUCAGCUGCUUUCAUCAGUUGGAUCCUAGCCAUGGUGAUUGCUACAUGUAUCCUCGGCUGUGCAGUUUCCAUUAGACGCAUGAGAUUAUACUUUAAUGAAGCUUCGGCUGGAGUUAGGGAGAUGAACAUGAUUUUUAAAGCAUACCUCGCUUUAUUUCAUAAUAAGCUGCGGGAGGCAACGGAAACUUUUGAGAGAACGACCAUAUUGGAUGAAACCGAGAUGACUUCAACUUGCGAUGAUUGUCGAUCAGUGAUAUCAACUGAUGAAAAAAAUUAUUUAUCUCGACGAGAUGUAUAUCCUAUAUCCAAUGGAACAGAUUGGUACAGUAUGACGGAUGAGAGAAAAAAUUCUUUAAAAUCCAUGCGCACAUCGAAGACUAUCACUGGAGAAUUCCCUGAAGGCACUGCGCCAUUCUACAAAAUUCAUCCGCAAUUUCUAUUCCCAAAAAAUAACGGACAAAACACAUUGCAGAGUCAACGUUUAACGAAUAAAUUGCCUGUAAAAAACAUUCUUGCGGCACCGGCUGUUACUGUCUGUUACUGUCUGCAAUUCCGAAAAUGCAAUGUCUUCAGAAUCUUCAUCAGCGAUAUGCCAGGCUAGUCCCAUUGGCUUAAUUCACAUCGAGAAUGACUUAGCGAACAUUGUUGUGAAUUCAGACGAAAAACCUGUUCAAAA